AUAAUAUCAACUCUAAGCUAUCACACCCUUAACCCUCAUUCAUUUUCGACUUCUCCUUCUUCAAUGGCAAAUGCAACAGCAAUGGCAUCCUCCCUUCUUCUUCCUUUCUUUCUCUUUCUCCUUUCUCCCAUUGCUUUGUUUUUUUUUUUUUUGGAACAACUUUCUCAUUUUCCCUACUCACCCUUCUCUCUCUGGACCCCUUUAUCUCUAGAUCUCAUUGUCCCCUUCAUCUCCAGAUCUGCAGAUCUAAUCGCUUCCCAAGAAGGGCUUCACUCUUUUUCUUCUUCUUCCUCUCCCUCUCUUCUUCUUCCUCCUCUUCCCUCCACCUUGAUUUAUAGGACAAGAGAACCUAGAUUUGGGUUCUCUUAAAGAACCUGUGGGUUCCCUAUUCAAUUUGAGAAAGAAGAAGGAUGGGGAAGAGAGGGAAGGAAAGAGAAAGAGGAAGAAGAUGAUGAAUUUUUAGAUAAAAGACUUGCUUGCUUUGGAGGAAACUAGGAAAGCAUUUUUGGGCUUCCAGGCUCUGGAUCAUGUAAUCAUUGCUUUGAAGUUCUUGUCAGAGGUCAGCAUUGUGCAGUGCAUCAACUAUGAAUAUAUGGACCCAUAUCCGAUCCUGGCAUACACAAGUCUUGCUCUGCAUACGGCUGAAUCUUGAGAUCAACUUCAGAGUUUUAAGCAACAUUCUUCCUGAUGAGCUCCGAAAUUCUUUCCACUCUUGGCAGACUGCACUGGUCCAGAUAAUCGAUCAUCUGCUUUAUUGUAAGGACAAGCUCUUUGGAGCAGGAUCUGUCUAUGCUAAACAACAGCAGACAUCGAGGAUGGUGAUGAUGCUUACUACACUUCCCAAGUUCAUCAUUGACUCUAUUGCAAUGGAUUUUGUUCCUCUCAUCCAUGCAAGGUUAAAGUUUACAUCAGCACACAUGCAAAACAUCAUCUCUGCCUUAAGGCUACCAUCAAUUGAUGAAUCACAGCUCAAGGAGGAGAAUUCUAAGGAUAUCGUUAUGUGUCUGAGGAGCUCCUUCAGCUAUGCAGCCAAGUUGCUCAAUCUAGCUCUUAAAGCUGCCAGUGAAGCUUCAAAACCUGUUAAUGAAGCUUUUAAACUUGUCGAUGACUUGCUUGAUCUAAUCACCUCAAGUGAAUUGUAUUCGGGUUCCAAUUUCACAUCAAGCCUUAUUACAGCAGCAAAGCCUUGGCUGCCUGAUCUAAUUCUUGCACAAGGAUCAGCAUGCACGCUUGAGCAGAUUCAAGCUGAAAAGGCAUAUUUGACUGUGUCUGCCAAGACUGAGCUCUCUGCAACAAGUGAAGGUGGCCAGGAAGAGGAAGGGGAUCACAGCAUUUUUGAACCUGAUGAAUUCCCCGGUUUUAAGAGAUUUAUGGGAACAAUAGUAUCACUAUUAAAAGGAAAAUCGAACCUAAUGGAUGCAGUUGGCUUGAUUUUAUUGAUAUGCUCAGUUGUUGGGCUUGGACGCAAGGGCUUUGGGUUGGUGUUGGGACUACUGCACUUUGUCUGCGUGAAAUUGAUCGGACAAGAUAGCAAAGAAUGGAGUGGACUUGCUGUGAUGCUGGUUUCUCUGCCCAACAUCUACCCUCAUAUAGAAAGAGAAAUUGAAGAACAGACUCAUGUCAUGAAGAAGAAAGGAAUAAAUUACAAACUACCCGAGCAUUAUUGCUGGAGCCUGUUUGGAUGUUUCAUAUGUAUGAAACUGGGAGGUUUUCAGUGAUGGAUGAAGAAUAAGUAGCCUUUAAUGUC